AUGAACCCAGGAGGCUUCACUACAGGUCAGCCAAAGACCACUGCACCUGCGGCAAGCACCCCUACAAAACCUUUAUUCAGUUUCGUUAACAGUAGCACAAAAUCUCCGGCCAACUCAUCCGCUCAACCAGUUACAGUACAAGGUAUCUGCGCCAGUGGCGCAUCCAAACCGGACCAAACAGAUUGUUCGCAAUCCCGACCUAUAUUCUAUUUUGGCAACAACGACCAAUCCUUCCCAACUUCCAAGCCUACAACGAGUGAAGCACCGAAAUCAAGUGGCGUGUUCGAUAAACUACAGUUGGCUCCGAAUCAGACUGGCAAACCCAUCUUUGGCACCGGGAGUUUUUCAUUUAGCUUUGGUUUACCAAAAACCACAGACUCUGGCACAGGGGUCACAAGCACACCCGUCAGUGCAGCAAAUACAUCCAAAGGGGAUGAUCGGGAUACAGAUCAAGUUGAAUUAGUCGAUGAGGAAAAAUUAACCUUCAAACCGGUGCUUGAGGUCAUGCCCGAAAAAGUUGAAGUUCGCACGGGCGAGGAGAAUGAGGAGGUGGUGUUCUGUGAGCGAGCAAAACUGUAUCGAUGGACAGCAAAUAUGUGGCGUGAACGUGGUGUGGGUGAAAUCAAGCUACUUCGUACUCCAAAUACCGGCUCCAUGCGUUGCCUGAUGCGUCGUGACCAUGUGCUUAAAGUCUGCUGCAACCAUCCCAUCACGGUCGGAAUGCAGUUGAAGCCGAUGACCAAUACGACUGAUGGACGUGCCUGGACUUGGUGGGCUAUCGAUUUUACUGAACCCAUGACCGAGGCCGAUGCAGAUCAGUCCCACAAUUCAUCAGUUGGUGGUGAACCAGAUGCUUCUGGUGGACGACGUGAAACCUUUGCUGUCCGAUUUAGAACUACCGAACAUGCUCAAGCAUUUAAAGAAUCGUUCGAGGCAGCCGUUUCGGCGGCGGAGAAACGUGCAGGCGGAAAACCCACUGAGGACGUUAAUUCCACGGCAAGAAAAACGGUGAAUGUGGAUCUUGAUCAAGGUGGACAGCCAUCAGACAAUGACGAUGUCAUUGUUGUCGAAAAGCCCCCUGAGGUAAGCGAUGAACAGCUGGCACGUGCCCGCCAACUAAUGCUCCCGGACGAAUUUUAUUCCUUCGAGAAUGGGGUGAUUCAUGGAGAAGCCGAAAAAAUGACGGAGGCGGAAGAAGCAGAAGAGGAUAAACUUUUGGAAGCUGCUGUGCGUCGGGGAAUUCAAAGACAUCAACCGGACACAAUUUCUCCCAAAUCCACGGGCUCUAUGGGUGUGACAGCUGCUGGUGAUGACAAGAAAAGUGAUAUGAAUGCCAAAACGAAAGAAAAGACACCAGAAAACCAAAAGACCGCGUCGCUGAGUGGUUUUGGAACUUUGUCAUCUUUGAAGGAUAACUCUUUAUCCAGCACAUACGUACCGCAAAUCCGUGGUUUGCCUGACUUCUCUACCCUGAGCGCAAGUGUGCCCAAAGACGGAAAGCUCUCAUUCGGCACAUCAUUUGGCACUUCCGCCACAAACACCAGCUACUGGUCCACUGCAGCGACCCCACUUUUCGCGAACUUUUCCUCCAAGGAGCGUGGCGAAACGGGAGAAAAUGGAACACCCGAGGAGACUGGAGAACAUGACCCACACUAUGAACCAAUUAUUGCAUUGCCUGAAUUGGUUCAGGUUAGUACUGUUUUGAACUAUUUCUGCAAGUAUUAA